AUGCCACCGGGGUCGAUCCUCGAGCAGCAUGGUCCCGGGUGGACGGCGCUACUCGCGCGGGACUAUGGAAUCUCCCGCUCUCUUGACGUCAUUAACCGCGGGUUUGGCGGAUACACUACAAAGUGGAUCCUCGCAGACCUCGAGGCGGGACUGCUUUCGCUCCCUAAGGCACCCAAAGCCAUCACUGUGAUGCUCGGCUCCAACGACCACGUCAAGAGUAGCGACCCCCUGCAUGUGCCGCCGGAGGAGUAUGGACUGAACCUGCGGAAGAUCGUCGCUCUGCUUCGUGAUCGCUAUCCGUGUGCAACUGUGCUACUAUGCACGCCUCCGCCGUGCGAUGGCACGCAGGUUUACACCUACUUCACGAAGGCGACAAAGAUGCAGGCCAAUGGGUCGGGCCGCGGCGAGGAGCGAAUCGCUCCUAUGGUCGAGGCGGUCAAGGAGGUGGCCAGGGCGAGCGGGGCCCGGCUUCUCGAUGUGCACGGCAAGCUCAAGGGGGUGGGAGACACAUGGAGGGCGCUUUUUUACGACGGACUUCACUUCAAUGGCGAGGGAAACCAGGCGAUGUACCGGAUUGUGCGCGAGGAGCUCGAGGCGAUUGGACUCGAGCCGGACAAGCUGCCAAUGCACCGCCCCAGCAUGCUCGGGCGCGCCUACCCGCAGGUGUAUGACGAGUCCGGCAGGCCGAAGCCGCGCACAACGAAGAUGGGAAGGUGA